UUAAGUGUAACCUCUGACUAGAAAUAAAAAAUACUAUAUUUGUUGAUUUCAAAGGCUGCGGAAAAUAUUUAACUAAAGAGUAACUAAAACCUGCACUGCCAGUCAUAAGUAAAUAAUUUGAUCAAUACGGUUAAAAACGAUUUAUUAAAUUGGCAUCUACUGGAAGCAAGAGACAAUUUCCCAUUUUUGGGGGACACAUCAUCGUUUUUUGUGUUGAUUGCCUGAGUUCCUACAAGCGGGAUCGGGGUGGAGGAGACGCCGGAAGUGAAAAGUAGCUGAUAAUUGUUUUGAAAAGGGAGGCUUUUGCUUUGACGAAAAUGACUUCUACGAAACCCCGAAAACAGCCAACAGCCAUAUCCCGAAUGAGGCAAGAUUAUAUGCGACUGAAGCGUGACCCUUUGCCAUAUAUCACAGCAGAGCCUUUACCUAACAACAUUCUUGAGUGGCAUUAUGUGGUAAAAGGACCUGCUAAUACACCCUACUAUGGAGGCUACUAUCAUGGAACUUUGCUUUUUCCGAGAGAAUUUCCUUUUAAACCGCCUUCAAUUUACAUGUUGACACCAAAUGGUAGAUUUAAGACCAAUACACGUCUCUGCCUUAGCAUUUCAGAUUUCCAUCCUGAUACGUGGAAUCCAACAUGGUGUGUCGGAACUAUUUUGACUGGAUUACUUAGCUUUAUGCUUGAAACGACUCCCACGCUUGGUUCCAUAGAGACAACGACCUAUGAGAAACAGAGUUAUGCCAGAAAGUCUUUGGAAUUUAAUUUGAAAGAUCCACUGUUCAAUGAAUUAUUUCCUGAAGUGUGUGAAGAAAUUAAUAAGCUUUUGCAGGACGAAAAAGAAAAACAGGCUCUUUUAAAUGCGCAGUCAUCUCGUAGUGCCGAUAAAAAUGGUAUACCUGCAACAAAUAAUGGAUCUUGUGCUAAUGAAACUGAUGGAGACCUGCAAGCGAAGUCAAACGUAAGCACCAAAAAAACUAGGUCACUCGUAAAUUGGCCUGCGUUAUAUUCAAAUUUAGUGAUUGCAAUAAGUUUUGCAAUUUUCGCGCUAAUAGUGAAUUAUGUGAUCAAAAAUCUAAAUCAGGAAUAAAGUUGUAGAAAUUCCUUAUCGUUGCAGCCGCUAAGCACUAACCACUAAAAAUCGAUGUGUCUCUCAUUGAUAUGUGUAUAUGUAAUGUUAGUGUACAUAGAAUACCGUAAAAAUGUAACUUAAAAUGCAGUAUAAGAAAUACAUAGAUUUCAUUUGUACAGUAAAGAAAAUACAAAUAUUUGAAUACUUUCACAAUUA